CACGUACCCUGCUUCCGAUAGCCAGAUACUUGCAACCUGAUUCGGAAGCUAGCCAACGGGCCGUGGUCUAUCAUAGCCUUAUCGCACCCAUUCCACCACGCCAGCUAGCCAUGACGGCCGUAGCAAUGCAGCAGCCGGCUAUGGGCCCACGCCCUGUUGUCUCUAUAGCACCAGCUCGUCCUCGCACGAUACAGAAGUCACCAUCCAGCAAGGAGAGCUUGGGCAAGCCCACGUCCAACAACGGUCCAGUAUCUAACAUCCGCUCACGGAGGGAACGCCCCUGUGACGCGUGCAGACGGAGGAAGAGUCGCUGUGUAAUACACGAGGGUGCUGCACUGUGUGUCUUGUGCGAGUUCCACAAGCAAGAGUGUACCUUUGUACAGAGCCCACUGCCACGGAAAAGGAAGGUCGUCGACGGUGAGAAGAAAGACUCACCAAACAACACCAAGAAGAGAUCCGUCGACUCAGAUCCUCCACCACUAGCACUAUCAACACCCACCAUCACAGCAACUGCGCCAAGUCCACCACCACCACAGCCCUCGCUGUCCCAAAUAGCAAGUCUUCACUUGCCUCAAUUUGGAGAGACACUGGGAUUGCAGCGACGGCAGCAUAGCAGAUACAUCGGUCUGAGUUCUCCGUUCGAUUCCCUGCUUAUUGGCUUGUCACAGUUCGAUACCCAUAACGAGUCGACCUUUGACCUUGGCACACUUCGACGAGUGAACGAUCAUGAAUGUUUCAUUAUGCUACCUGACGAAAACACACAAGACUUCGCCGGCGAGUCUGAGGCUUUAGGCCAGGUUGAGCAGCUUGUGCAUCCACAUGGCCCAGCUUUGCUAGAUCUGUACUUCCAAGUAGUACACCCAAAUUACCCCAUCAUCCAGAAGCACUUGUUCGUCGAGCGAUAUCGCAAUGGCGACCGAGGCUUCUCACCGGCUUUGUUGGCUGGCAUGUACAUUCUAGCCCUUAACUGGUGGUCACUCAACCCCAAGCUAGCCAACUAUUCUAGACCUGAUGCAGCCCGAUUGGAAGCAAUCGCCAUGAAAGCGCUUGCAUUGGCCAUGGAGCGGCCGAAACUUUCCACUGUACAAGCUGGCUUGUUGUUGCUGCAGCGUCCUGAAGCGGACUCUUGGAGCUUAACAACUCAGCUGGUGGCAAUCGGUCAAGAAUUAGGCCUACAUCUUGACUGUUCAUCAUGGUCGGUUCCUCUUUGGGAGCGUGGGUUGAGGAAGCGCAUAGCAUGGGCAUUAUACAUGCAAGACAAGUGGAGCUCCCUGAUCCAUGGCCGACCAUCACACAUUUUCAAUGCCAACUGGGCAGUAAAGCCGAUUACGGAAGACGACUUUAUUGAAGAAGGAGAUGGUUUCGAGACACGGCAAGAAGAGACGGAAGAUGAACAGGUGGAAAGUCACCGAGGCCGCAUACUGUAUGCUCAGAUGAUUGCGCUCACGCAGAUCAUGGCUGAGGUCAUGGAUACAUUUUACACCCAAACGGCUAUCCACGACUUCGCCAACGCUGGGAAGAAGUCAACUGAGCUGAUACUCGCACGCGCCAAACCAGUGCAGAUUAAGCUCCGUCAGUGGCAUGAGAAACUACCAGCGGAAGUAAAGAUGAGUGUCCCCGAAAAGGGUAAGCUCACCUCGACGGGUUACCUCCAUCUCGCAUACUUUGCAACAGAGAUCACGCUCCACAGGCGCAUAGUACAGUCGCUCGACUCUACUAACCCUGACUCAUACGGUCUCUUCAUGUGCCGCAACGCUGCGAAGACGCGCCUGAUCUCGGCUAUGGACUUUGUCAACAGACUAAAGCCAGAGCACUUACAGGCCUUCUGGUACUUUGCUUCCAAAGUCAACUUUACUCUUAUUGGUACCUUUGGAUCGCUACUGUGGGCUACGGCACCCGCCAAGGAGGAAGCUGAGUUCUACAAGCUCAGACUGUGCGAAUACCGCUGGACGCUUUCGGUUUCUUCGAAGCGAGCCGACUUCCUUGAGUAUGCAGUGUCAAUGCUGGACGCGAGUCGCGCCAUGCUGAACAACUUGGCGGAGAAGCCCAGUCUUGCAGAGCAAAUCAGCAACGCCGGUGUGCCGCCCGCGCCGCCUCCACGACAAUACAGCUCUUUCUCCAAUAUGGGACCGCCACAGAAUCCGAAUGGAGCAGGAAGGUACGAGAUGGAGGAUGUCGAUAUGGGUGACGAUAACGAUCUAAGACGGAUGUCCUCGGGCGAGAGCUUCGAGGGCUUUAAUGACGGAUCUCAGUAUGGUGGUAGUCGGCCACAUACAGCUGGCAAUUCGCCUCGCUCAAUGUGAGCGGUAGAUUCGAAGGAAUCGGAGCAUAGCUUUGACGGCUUGUGGAUUUGUCGUACAUGUUUCAGGACAGCGUCUUCUGAUGUUCAGCGAUUAAGCGUUCUUUUUCAUGGUGGGAUGGUGGGCGUUAUAUAGGUACGCCUGGUGCUGCCAUAACGGUGCUCUCAGGUUGCGCCAAAAUGGCGCCAUAUUGCGACACAGGGAUUGGGACACUUUAUGGAUUUGCUCUUUAGCGACUAUUGGUUACGAUUUGAUGUUGGAUGAUAGUAUAGACCACCUAUUGGAUACAGGGUAUUGACGCGAAUGACAAGUCAUUUGGUAUAUCGCCGCCUCGAAGGCGGCGCAAGCAACUUCGGUCUUUCUUUUGCGACAAUCGGCACGUGCCGAGUGAAACGUGGGUGUACAAGCCCACAUUGGUGUAACAAAAAAUCCAA